UUGGUUCUGUGUGUCUAAGUUUAACCGUUCAUCUCCACAUUUACUGAUGUUUCACUUUGUGCUCUGCAGAAACCUCAGACUGAUCAUCUUUGAGACGCUGGAGAACACCAUUGAGGAUAGAGGACCUGUGGAGGAGGAGGAAAGGAGGAAGAGGAUGCAGGUGGUGGAGAGGUUUCAGACGGCUCCUUCUGAGGAAAUAGCAGCUCUCUGUGGAUCCAGGGUCAUCAGUUGGUACCAGAACCUCAAUCUAAACAUGAACCUUUUUGGAAGAUCUUGGUCAGACUGGAAUCUUUACCUCAUUGCUUCAGUCCAAACUAGAUCAGGUCUUUGAUCCGAUUGUUCGUCCUCCUCCGUCUCCAUCUGGACAAUCGUCUCGUCGUUGGACGCCGAUCUAUGAGAUGAACUUUCCUGACCUCUGUGUGUAUUAGAGACUCAACAGGAUGACCUGGAUCAUUAUGAAGCAUCUGAUGUUGUGUUCAAGGAACAGAGGACAGAACAACUGAGGACUGGAAACAUGUAG